AUGGAGAUAUCAUCAUUAAAGUGUCGCAGUAGCCCCAUAGUACAAGUUAAAGAAGGAUUCUCAUUUCAACCAGAAUUUGCAGAGCCAAUAUUGAAUUUAACUGUUCCAAUUGGACGUGAUGCAACAUUUAAAUGUCUUGUAACGCAUUUAGGUGGAUACAGGGUUGGAUGGGUAAAAGCAGAUACAAAAGCAAUACAAGCGAUACAUGAUCAUGUGAUUACACAUAAUCCACGUGUUAGUGUAUCACAUGAUGAUUACACAACAUGGAAAUUACAUAUACGUAAUGUACAAGAAGAGGAUCGAGGUGAUUAUAUGUGUCAAAUUAAUACCGAUCCUAUGAAAAGUCAGAUGGGAUAUCUGGAUGUUGUCACACCACCAGAUUUCGUUGAAGAUGAAACAUCUGGUGAUGUUAUGUUACCUGAAGGUGGCACAGCUAAAUUAACAUGUCGUGCUCGUGGCUAUCCUGUACCAAGUGUUGUAUGGCGUCGUGAGGAUGGCCAAGAUAUGAUUUUAAAAGAACCAAACGGUAUUAAAAAUAAAGUAACAGCGUACGAAGGCGAAGUUUUAAAAUUAUCCAAAGUCACCCGCUCUGAAAUGGGUGCAUAUUUAUGUAUCGCUUCAAAUGGUGUACGACCAUCAAUCAGUAAGCGAAUAAUGGUAAACGUACAUUUUCAUCCAGUGAUUCAAGUACCAAAUCAAUUGGUGGGUGCACCUCUUGGUACUGAUGUCAAAUUAGAAUGUAUUAUUGAAGCAUCACCGAAAUCAAUAAAUUAUUGGAUACGUGAUACGGGUGACAUGAUUGUAGCAAGUAAUAAAUAUGAUGUACAAACCUCAAUGAAAUCGUUAUUUGAAGCGAAAAUGUCGGUAAUUAUCAGAAAUUUCCAUGCAGAUGAUAUUGGUUCAUAUCAUUGUGUAGCAAAAAAUUCAUUAGGUGAAAUGGAAAGUACAAUACGUUUAUAUGAAAUACCUGGACCAACAAAACAAAUAUUUCCAUCACGUUUCGAUGAAGAAGAUUACAAUGAACAAUAUGGUUCAGCGGAAACUGGUGAUCUAGAUCCGGAUAAUGAUUUAUCAUUGAAUCGUGUUACUGAACAACCAACAUUAGAACAAACGAGUAUUGUUACUGUUGCUGGAGCUGGAGCUGGAGGCGGAAAUCGACGUAUGAAUAAUAAGUUAGGAAAUCAUCAUCAACAUAGUAGUCAUGGUAAUAGUAACAUGGCUGGCUUGGUAGUAAUGUAA